CCUUGUAAGAAAGGCAAUUUGGUCUGCAGUUGAAAUAGAUGGUGAAUCUCUUUACUAUCUUAAAAGAAUCCUUAAUGAUUGGUUUACUGAAGAACAAAGAUUAGCUUAUAUUAGUGAUAAUAAUAAGGAAAACUUUGAUAUCAGCCAAAGCAGUAUUGAAAUAUCACAAACCAAAGACAAAAAGCCUAUUACACAAAAUAAGUAUGGUAAAUAUGGAAUCAUUGAACAUUAUAUACCAACUU